GAUGAAUUUCUAUCUUAUUCGCGGUGAGCUCGUAUAAUUCUCACUUUUUAUGCAAGUUGAAAAUUUUCACCCGUUCUUUUUUUUUUUUUUGAAUUUUUAUUGUACUAAAUAAAUAGCAAAUUAAAAUAAUACAACCUGAAGAAACAAAAAAAGUUUGAAUUGUUAUUCAUAUUGGGACUAAAUAAUAUUCUGUGAUUUCUUUUGUUGCAAAUAAUGAAAAAUUAAAGAAAAGGAAAAGUGAUUUUCACGUAGAAAAUUCGUCAUCAUUUCAAUCUGCUUUGUUCCCAGUCAUCAUUUUUUUCAAUUAAAGUGAAGUUUUAAACUACACGAUAAUUAAAAUAUUACAAGGAGUGAUUUUGGUAGAGAAUAGUUUCAGAAAAAUAAAAAUUUCAACGAAUUAUAUAAAAAUAGUUUUUUUUUUAAAAUGGGAACCAGGGAUGAUGAAUAUGACUAUCUUUUCAAAGUUGUGUUAAUUGGUGAUUCUGGUGUAGGCAAAAGCAAUUUACUUUCUCGAUUUACUAGGAAUGAGUUUAAUUUGGAAUCUAAGUCAACAAUAGGAGUAGAAUUCGCGACUAGAAGCAUAGAAGUUGAUGGGAAAACUAUUAAAGCUCAGAUCUGGGAUACAGCUGGCCAAGAACGUUAUCGAGCAAUAACAUCAGCCUAUUAUCGUGGUGCAGUUGGGGCCCUUCUUGUGUAUGAUAUUGCAAAACAUUUAACUUACGAAAACGUUGAAAGAUGGUUAAGAGAAUUACGUGAUCAUGCUGAUCAAAAUAUUGUUAUCAUGUUGGUUGGCAAUAAAUCUGAUUUGAGACACUUACGUUCCGUGCCUACUGAUGAGGCAAAGCAAUUUGCGGAAAAAAAUGGUUUGAGUUUCAUUGAAACGUCAGCUUUGGAUUCAACUAAUGUUGAAACUGCAUUCCAAAAUAUACUCACAGAAAUUUAUCGGAUUGUAUCACAAAAACAAAUCAGGGAUCCACCGGAAGGUGACGUUAUUCGACCCAGUAUUGAACCACUUGAAGUUAAGCCUACUGUUCCAGAUGUACGCAAGCAAUGCUGCCAGUGAUAGCCCGGUCGUCCUUCAUUGAUUUUUUCACAUUUUUUUUUCUUUUUUUAAUUAUAAAUAUGAAUUAUAUUCUCUUCUAUUAAUACAAAAAUUCUUCUUAAAAUAAAAUAAAGCUGUUCAAUAAAAAAAAUAAUUAUAAAAGCAACAUAGAAAAUAAAUUAAAUAAUUAUUGAGUUUCUAUAAGAUAA